CCUGACUCGCCUGCACGCCCAGACGGCUAGCCCCGGUCAUGCCCAGCAGAUGCCGCAUGGGCCCCGCGCCGGAGCCAGCCCUGUUGGGAGCGGCGCGUUAGCGCAGCCCAGCCUGCAGGGGCUGGCAGCUUUCGGGGGCCGCGCUCCCGGCCCCUGCCCUGGGCUGCCCCCGCAGUGGGUGGUGUCUGGCCGGCCGGCGGGCGCGCUGCUCCCCCCUGCAGGCGCAGCCUUCCGAGAGCCGGCGCGAACUGGAGUGAGCUGGGGCUAUGGAGCCCCCUUUCCCCGCGCUGCUCUGCCUGCUCGGCCUCCUCGCCACCGCCUCCGGAGCAGCCGAAUGCCCUUCCUCUGCUUGGAUUCCAUUUAGAAGUAGCUGCUAUAUUUUUCUUCAAGGCACAUUCGAUGAAUUGGACAGUAUUGAUGAUGCCAGAAAUCGCUGUAAAGGCAAUGCUUCUGGAGCAGACAUUAUUAGUAUAAAAAAUAAAGAGGAGAAUACCUUUAUACAAGAAACAUUCAAAAAUCACUGGCAAGGCCCUGAUUAUAUUUCAUUGGGCAUGUUCUUUGACACAGAUGAUAAUGCUUUUAAAUGGUUUGACAAGUCGGAAAUGAAAUUUACCAAUUGGAUUGAAGAGGAGAGCAAUGAGGAACUCCUGAACACAUGUGCUUCUAUGUACACUAAGUCUGGGGAAUGGAAAAAAAUCAGUUGUGAAGAUCUUCCUCUGACAGGGACCCUUUGUAAAACAGCCUUUGCAUAUGAAAAGAAGUACUUACCAGAUAAAACUGCUUUGACUACCACCUUGGUCAUAAUUUUUACCAUAGUUUUGACAGUUUCUGCAGCAUUAUUUUGGUUCCUGUACAAAAGAAAUAUUUCGUCUGGAGUUUUAUGUAUAACACACCAUUCAACAGCUGAAAUGCCAUACAGUGAUGAAACUGUUCUAAUAGACGAAGAAAAUGAGUAUACUGCUUAAAAUGUAAAAUUAUACAAUUUUAUUUAAAUGCCAAAAAGUUACAUCUUAUCCAUAUUUAGGCUUCAGUCCUGUAAGCACAUGCAUAACUUUACUCACAUAAUAAUGUGCUAGUUGUUAGGACACAGAGAAGACAGACUAAAAAUAGUCAAAAGUAUUUCCCAUUGGGCUGUCAGAGUUCAUAUUCAAAAUUCUCUCCAACUGUAUUUAGUGCACCUGGAAAUACCUGGAGUAUGAGUUGGUCUGUCUCAGUGAAGUGUCAUUCUGAAAGAGCAAGCAUUUAAUUAAACGUUAAGAUUUCAAAAAUUCUGCAGAUUUCCAUAACAGGUUUUAAAUUCAUUUGUUUCAUCUGUGUUCACGACUGGUUUUCAUUCCUGUGAAUAUUUUAGCAAAUAAAAGUUUGAAACACUAGCUAAUUUUAAAUGAAUAGUAUAGAAAGAAAAUUUUAAUUUGUGUUUGCACUGAAACCUUAAUUCAAAGAACUUCCAGUCAAUGCACAGAAAUGAGCCACAUGAUCUGCAUCCAGUCAAAACAAUCUGAACUUCAAACCAUUCAGACUCAUGAAACUGGUUUUAAAAAAAAAAAUGCUAUUACCCAAAAUGAGUAAUUUCAGACAAAACUAAGCAAAUUAUCUGCAAACAAUUUAAAAGAGGGAGAUGAAAUUCCUCAAAUUAUUUGCCCAGUUCAAAUUAUGAUUAGAGUCCAAAUGUUCAAAAACUUUCUAAUUUUGUAUUUGCAGCUAAUUGUAGCUGCAGGGUUAAGAGGUCAAGUCUUGGCCCCAGUUGUGCAGAUCCUUAAAGAUGCAUGGAAAUCGUUUGGCCUCUGCACAGGAACAGGGGUCUGCUUCCACUGAUCAGGGUUUAGCAGCUAUCAUUUAUAGCCAUGCUUAUUUGAUUGCAAAAUUAGCUUUCUAUACCCUGCAAUAUGUAGUCAUCCUAUUUUUUUAAGGGGGAAACUAGUGGGCAAACUGUUCAUCUGGCUAACCUGCAACUAUUUUAAUAUAGAAAACAAAAUUGAAAGAUUGCUGUGUGCAUGUGUACUCUGUUGCCACAACUUUUCUUUUCUAUGCUUUAAAAUGUUGCAUUUUACCCAGUGAGACUGCAAAAAGACCAAAACCUUGUGAAGAUUCUCAAGGGAGGUCCGCAUCUCUGUGAAGCAAAGGAAUUGGUAUUAGAGAAGGUAGAUUUGAUACACACCAAUUAAAAGUCGGUAAAUUAUGUUAAUAGCAUGAUAAGGAACAGAAUAUUUAUAUGUAUACAGUAUGCUUCCUUCAGAACUUAAUGGAAUUAAAUCUUAAUUUCUUGAGCAAGUAUCAGAGGGGUAGCUGUGUUAGUCUGUAUCCACAAAAACAACGAGGAGUCCCGGGGCACCUUAAAGAC